AACCACUUUUCUCCUUGUUUUCAAGGCACCUUUUUUUCUUCUCUUGCAUGAGUUAAGCUUUUUCAUGCAAUUCUAACACCUGAAAAACAACAAAAACAAAAAAGGGUUCAAAGAAAAUCUGCCAAAAUAGGUAAAGGAAGCAAGGAGCAGAAUGGAGGAGAGAGCAGUAGCUCAUCCUCCUCUGAUGAGGCACCAUUCAUGUUCAACAAUGGUUUCAAUUCCAUGGAGACCACAGAGCUCCACCAUGCUCCUGAGGGUCUUGUUGACACAAAUGGAGGAGACUACACUGAAAUGAGUGGCUUUGCAGAUUUCAAAAACGUGUUCUCUGUGGAAUCUAUAAAGCUUUGGACAAUUGCUGCUCCCAUUGCCUUCAGCAUACUAUGCAAUUAUGCUGUCAAUUCCUUCACGACUAUCUUUGUUGGUCAUCUUGGAGAUUUAGAACUCUCUUCAGUUUCACUCUCUCUCUCUGUCGUUUCAAAUUUCUCUUUUGGCUUCUUGCUUGGUAUGGCAAGUGCACUAGAGACUUUAUGUGGGCAAGCAUUUGGUGCUGGACAAGUAGAAAUGAUAGGGGUCUACAUGCAACGUUCUUGGUUAAUCUUAUUGGGUGCAUGCAUCUGCCUCACACCAAUUUACAUUUAUGCUGAGCCAAUCUUGCUACUCCUAGGACAAGAACCCGAAAUUGCAGAAUUAGCUGGGGCAUUUACCAUUCAAUCCAUCCCUCAGAUGUUUUCUCUAGCCAUCAAUUUCCCCACUCAAAAGUUCUUGCAGGCACAAACCAAAGUGGGGUUUCUGGCAUGGCUUGGUUUUGGAGCAUUUAUUUUUCAUGUUAUACUUCUAUGGAUUUUACUUAAAGUGUUUUCAUUGGGUACAACUGGUGCUGCUGUAGCCUAUUGCACAACAGCUUGGAUUAUUGCUUUGGCUCAAACGGCUUAUGUGAUUGGUUGGUGCAAGGAUGGGUGGAGAGGCUUCUCAUGGUUAGCAUUCAAAGAUCUUUGGGCCUUUGUGAAAUUGUCUGUUGCUUCAGCAGUCAUGCUUUGCCUAGAGAUUUGGUAUUUCAUGAUCUUGAUUGUGCUCACUGGACACCUUGACAAUGCAGUUAUUGCUGUUGGUUCUCUUUCAAUAUGCAUGACUAUCAAUGGAUUUGAAGGCAUGUUAUUUAUAGGGAUCAAUGCAGCAAUUAGUGUGAGGGUUUCAAAUGAGCUUGGAUCAGGACGCCCAAGAGCAGCAAAAUAUUCAGUCAUUGUCACAAUUAUUGAGUCCCUCAUCAUUGGGUUAAUUAGUGCAGCCAUUAUUUUAGCUACAAAAGAUCAUUUUGCCAUCAUUUUCACUGAGAGUAAAGAGAUGAUAAAAGCAGUUUCUAAAUUAGCAGGUCUUCUUGGCAUAACCAUGAUUCUGAAUAGUGUUCAGCCAGUUAUAUCAGGUGUUGCUGUAGGAGGAGGGUGGCAAGCUUUGGUAGCUUACAUCAAUCUAUUUUGCUAUUACAUCAUGGGGCUCCCUCUUGGCUUCCUUUUAGGUUACAAGUUGGGUUACAGAGUGGAGGGUAUUUGGGUUGGAAUGAUCUGUGGGACAAUGUUGCAAACGCUCAUCUUGUUGUACAUUGUCUAUAAAACAAACUGGAACAAGGAGGUUGAGCAAGCAUCAGAACGAAUGCGGAAAUGGACCGGACAAGAAAUUGAAAUUAAUUUGGCAAAUUCUCAGCAAACAUUCACUCGGUGAUCAAUAUGCUCAAGAAAUUUAAUCAUCUGCAAAUUUUGUUAAGACACUUUUGGUGGACCAGCUUCCUUUUCUUA